UGUUGUUAAUGUAAACGCAUAUCCUCCACGUUUCACAGCGAUCACCAAUGAGCUUGAAUGCUUGAAGCAAAAUCAACGAGGAAGACGGAGAAUGAGAAUGGCAAAAAUGGAGAGCGGAAGCGUGAAUUAUGAUGGUUAAUUAUAUUACUCAGUACAUUUUCGUUUCUCGGUUUUUCUGUCCAGAUUCCAGUUUAACUUGGAUUGAACUCCCAAUUCCAGUUUCUGAAUUUCCCUGAUCACGCUGCACCGGCCUGAUCGGUGGAUUUUCAUAGCAUUUUUGCUAACCCAAUAUAUACCCAUUAAUUCUCUUCUUUCUUCUUUUUUUCUCUUUUCUUUCUGGAUUGAAGGAAGGAAGGAAGCUGUUGUCUUGUCUUUCUUGGUUCAAGAUAUAUAUAUAUACACAUAUAUAUUGGGGGAAAAUCGAAUCUUUUUCAUUUUAUUUUUCUUUUACUUUUUUUUUUUUAAAUUAAUUUACGAAUCUGAAGGAAAACCAAAGAUUUGGGUAUUGUUUUUUCGUUCUAGUUUUGAGGGAUUUGUCUGGUCAUUGUUGUUAUUGCAUACAUACGCGAAAUGGGCGAGCAUUUGUUGUUUUACGUUGACCGGAUUGUAAAGCCAGAUGAAUCAAGGUCUAUCCAGCCAGUCCAGGAGGCAGAAAUGGUGGGCACCUCUUCUUCCUCAAGGGAGAAGGAAGAUGAUGAGAUGGUGGAAGAUGAAGGGGCACCUCUGAUUGGAAUUGCUGAAUGUCGCAUCUGCCAGGAGGAGGAGACUAUCAACAAUUUGGAAAUCCCAUGUUCUUGCAGUGGCAGCCUCAAGUAUGCUCAUAGAAAAUGUGUACAACAUUGGUGCAAUGAGAAAGGGGACACUAUUUGCGAGAUCUGCCAUCAGCCUUACCAGCCCGGUUAUACUGCCCCUCCUCGAUCUCCACCAGAAGACACUAUUAUUGAUAUUGGGGGAGGAUGGCAGAUUUCUGGUGUGCCACUGGAUUUGCAUGACCCUCGCUUUUUGGCACUUGCGGAGGCUGAGCGCCAAAUAUUGGAAGCUGAAUAUGAUGAUUAUCACGCAACAAGUGCAAGUGGUGCUGCAUUCUGCCGCUCUGUUGCACUGAUUCUAAUGGCUCUUCUGCUAUUGCGUCAUGCUAUGAACGUUACAGACAGUGAAGGUGGCGAAGAGGAAGAUCCAUCUGCUGUGUUCUCUCUUUUCUUGCUAAGGGUGGUGGGCUUUCUUUUGCCAUGCUACAUCAUGGUCUGGGCAAUCAGCAUUUUGCAGCAGCGAAGACAAAGAGAGGAGGCUGCAGCACUGGCAGCGACGCAGUUUGCGUUCGUGGUGCAAUCAGCGCAACGGAAUGGCAUGCAGUUCACCAUAGCAUCAGCUGCACCUGCAAUGCCUGCAAUUCAAGAACGUCUAUAACGUAAACGGGUGGGUAUAAGAAAGAUGGAGUUUGUGAGAGUUUUCGCAAUGUGUACAUAUCCGUAAAAGAGAUCAUGAAGGUCUAAGGCGAAUUUAUGAUUAAUUUUUUUAAUGCUUUAAUUAGUAAAACUGUGAAAUCAAAAGAAUUUAUUUUGUUUGCUUCA